ACCCAAAAUCGCGUAUCUCAACAACAACACAACACCACCAGCCAUCCCCACCCCUUACCCCUAAAAAUGUUUUGACGGUGUCGGUGAUCUCCUCCCCCAAGAAUUUAGCCUUCCAGUAAUUUUAUUUUUGUGUUUUCUCUUUUUAGAUCAUUUUAAUAGAUCCAUUUUCUCUGAUCUUUUCUUUUUCUCUAUCCUUUAUCUUUUUUUCGAUCUAUUUUUUUUAAGCGAAUCCGAUUUAGAUCGGAUUCAGAAAUGGCGGCAACGAGGCGGUUACGCGACCUCCAAUCACAGCCAGGUAACAAAACUUGCGUCGAUUGCAACCAAAAGAAUCCCCAAUGGGCUUCGGUUUCCUACGGCAUUUUCAUGUGCUUAGAAUGCUCCGGGAAGCACCGUGGCUUAGGUGUCCACAUCUCAUUCGUCCGAUCCGUCACGAUGGAUUCGUGGUCCGAGAUCCAGAUCAAGAAAAUGGAAUCGGGCGGUAAUGAGCAACUCAACUCUUUUUUGGCUCAAUACGGAAUCCCUAAAGAAACCGAUAUCGUCACCAAAUAUAACACCAAUGCCGCGAGUGUUUAUCGCGAUCGUAUCCAAGCCCUUGCCGAGGGUCGCCCCUGGCGGGAUCCACCCGUUGUGAAAGAGACUCUCAACGGAGGUGGUGGUAAUAGAAAGCCGCCGUUGAGCGGUGGCGGCGGUGGUGGCAGGGGCAGUAAUUAUGGGAAUAAUGGAGGGUGGGAUAGUUGGGAUAAUGACGAUUCAUUUAGAUCUUCGAGCGAUUUGAGGAGGAAUCAAUCGGCUAGUGAUUUUAGAGGAGGGAAUAAUCAUGGUGGUCAAAUGGGAGGUGCUCCAGUGAGGUCGAGAUCCACAGAGGAUAUGUACACGCGAUCCCAGUUGGAGGCUUCGGCGGCGAAUAAGGAGAGCUUUUUUGCGAGGAAGAUGGCUGAGAAUGAAUCAAGGCCUGACGGGUUACCUCCUUCGCAAGGAGGGAAGUAUGUUGGGUUUGGAUCGAGUCCUAUGCCUACCCAGAGGAAUAAUAAUUCUCAGGGGGAUGUUCUCUCUGUUGUGUCUCAGGGGCUUGGGAAGUUAUCUGUAGUAGCUGCAUCCGCAGCUCAAUCUGCUGCAAAUGUUGUCCAAGCAGGAACGAAGGAGUUCACCUCGAAGGUUAAGGAGGGUGGUUAUGAUACCAGGGUUAAUGAAACUGUCAAUGUUGUCACUGCAAGGACAAGUGAGAUUGGCCAGAGGACAUGGGGAAUCAUGAAAGGGGUCAUGGCAAUAGCUUCACAAAAAGUUGAGGAGUACACUAAAGAUGGCAUGAACUGGAAGAAUGAAAACUGGCAACGAAAUGAUAGUGAGAAGAAUGGAUAUUAUCAGGAGUUUAAACAGGAGAACAAAGGAUGGAAUUCUACUCCUGGAGGACAAUCCUCUUCUGGUGGGAGCUAUAAUUCUUAUAGCUCAAGUUCUUGGGAUGACUGGGACUCAAAAGACAAUAGGAAGAAAGAUAGUACAAAAGUGACUGCUUCUCAAAGCAAUGAUGGUUGGGCUGGCUGGGAUGAUGCCAAAGAUGAUGGAUAUGAUCAUUUCUAUAGUGGUGCGUCUGAUAAAAAGACUGUUGGUCACAAUGGAAAAUCAGAUGCCACAUGGACGGGUGGAGGCUUUCUUUAAGGUUGAAGUUGAAUGAUAUUACAGUCUCUGAACCUUACCCACAAAAAGCAACUAGUACACAAUUGAUUCCUGCUGGUGCAAUGCACACAGUGGAUGGAUAGAACUUUCUCUACCUUAGCACAGCUGCUAAGAAUGUAGCUUGUGAAUUAGAUCUCCAAGCGGAAGGGGGGAUGCUUUUCAUGAAGUUAGUAUAUUUUUAGCAAAUCUUUUGCCCUUUUUUUUUUUUAUUUUUAAAAAUUUUACUAUGUAAUUUCUUGGGUAAGUUUCGAGUUUGAGAGUAGUUUAUAUUUUGUAAAACUGUGGACAGAAAGGGUUAAUCGCCCAACUGGAAAGAGAACUGGUUGUGAGUGUGAGGAAACAUUAUUUGUGACAUGAAAAUUCAAAAUUGCUUUGGAUCUGUACCAACUAUAGUUCCAUUAUUUCUCUUUCA